AGAACACGUUAGAAGUUAUUUGGAGAUGGAAUUCAAAGGCAUAGGGGAGUGGUUGAUAGGUUGUGUCAUAAUUUUAGAGGCAGUGACAGGUCUGCAUAAGAUUUUUGGAAUUAGAAAUUGAUAAGAUGGGUUACGCAAUGAUUGUAAAGGAUUUGAAGAUGGAUGGUGGCCAUCAGUGGAAUCCCGUUUGACGAGCGUCUCGUCCUAUUUGCGACUCGUCAGCUGGAUGUACUUGCAUCUUAGAGUUGGUCUUCACUCUGAGACUCGAACCCAGUACCGUUCGCUUCAAAAAGGACGAAACGAACGUCUUGGAUUCCACUGCUAGCCAUCAUCUAUGUUUGCUUAUAAUGUUUGUGAUUUAAGGUCAUCCGCACAGGGUGCACAUAUGCCAAUGAGUGACGGAUCAAUUGCAGUUCUAAACAUCAAUGGGAACAUUCAAACAAAUAAUACUUAGUGAAUUUAAGAUUUGAAGAGUUUACAUAAGUUAACAAAGUUAAAUAAAUGAAAAUGUAUGGGUGAAGAGAUGGUUUCGGUGUACAUAAAAUAAUAAAUCGUUAAGGGGAGAUCGCAUAACGACUUAAUAAAUACUAAUAAAAUAAUUAUAUUGACGAAAACAAUUGACCAAGGUGUUGUCUCAUUCUGGAUACAUAAACCAGGUCUGAUAUAUUUUAUUUCUGUUGAUUCAGCAAACCGGAGAGACUCUGCUUUUUUUUGUCUGCUAAUAAUUUUUAAGGCUUGUGGAAUGUCAAUAUUAUGCUCAGUGUCAAGUAAAUGUCAAGCUAUUGCACUGUUUAAAGCUGUUGCGCCUCAGUAUCAAGUCCUUUGUAACGUGCUUGAAAUAUGAACAUGUAUGUUUCUCUUUGUUCUCCCAAAGUAUGUACUUCGGCGCGUACAUGUAAAUUGGAAAAUACAGUUAGAGGUACUGGGAAGAGAGGAACUGUCAAAUUCGUUUGUUUGAGUGAGCAGUUCAUUUCAAAUAACUGAUGGAUAAGCAACAUUCAACGUGGCAUUUAUCUUAUGAUUAAUUAUUCUAGUAAUUUCACCUCCUUUGGAGUGCAAAUAUAAUAAGCAGGUUUUCUUAUCCACUGUAUUGCAUUUAAUUCGUAAGUUGGUUUUGGUAUACAUCUCUUUUAAUUUCGCUGAAUAUACAUUUUCACAUAGGCAAUUUAUAAUAAAGACAAGUUGUUGCAGUAUUUCAUUCGAGCAAAGUUUACGAGGACGAUCAAAAAUGGCUCGCAUAAUUUCCUUUUUCUAACGUAUUAAAUAGAAACUGUUAUAGCUAAGAUAAAUUCCACUCCAGGUAUUUUUGCAGUGGAUGUGUCUUUGUAGUAUGCCAUCUGAAGUUCGUCUGAUUCCAAUAUCUAGGAAACUUAUUUGUAUGAUAGCGUUAUUUCAAUUCAUAAUAACUGUAGUGAACAAGAACACCGGUUGGGGACAAUCGAAUGUAUUCAACAUACAAUUACAUGACUUGUUAAUAAAAUCUAACAAUCAUAUCAUAAAUGCUUAAUUUAUAAAAUGUCCAUCGAUUGUCUCAAAAUGACUCAGACUCCUUUGUUCUUGAAUUUUCAUACAAAUUGCAUUCUGUUUCCAUUCUUUACUGUUCGAUUCUCUUGUCUCUCUGCUGCCAGACCUUCUGUUCACGACUAACAUCAUAUAUUACUUAUGUCAAUAUAAGGAACACACACAACAUAGCUCACCUAUAUCUUAAUCCUUGUGCAAAUGAGUAUGUAUCAUUGAUUACAUUAGACAGCCAACGCAUUUAUAUACCUCACUUAAAUGUUAGCUCUUUAAACCCCUUAAUAAUGACUCACGUACAUCCCUAAAAAUUUUCUCUUGUUAAAACUAAAUGCAUUUAUUGUAUAUUAGCUGGUGAUCGUCUGAUUUGAGCUGUGUUUAAAAUAAACUCUUGUCAUUACUUUGUUUUACCUUCUGGAAUUUAUACAACAUUAAGAGUUAUGGUAAUAACAGUUGUUAGGUUGAUUAACAUAUGAAGUAUAAGAAUAGUUUCGAAGAUAUUUCAUAACAAAUGGUUAACAAUACUUCAUUUUGAAUAUAUAUAUAUAUUAGACAACAACAGUAUUCUAAUAACAGAACUGACCUAAAACACUAUAGGUUGAAUGAAACUAUCCGUUCACCACUUUUGUGUAAACUUAUUUAUAUAGUAUUCAUUCAUAAAUAUUUUCAACCCCCUUUAAAGUGAAUUAAAUAGAAUUUACUUACAAUUUUUUUCUUAAUAUUUCGUACUGGAAAAUUGUAUACUUUAUUUCCCCCCCCCUCAAAAAAAACAAAGUUUUCUGUGAAAUAAUUAGAAACAAGAAACAACAAUCCCACCCCUUCCAUUGAACAUUGAUUUUUUUUUAUUUCAGUUGGCAUUCAUUUUUGAAUUCAUAAAGGUAUUGUUACUUGGAAUGAGAAUUGAAUUUACAUCAAUCAGUUAGUAUAUUAGUCUUUCAGAUAACUGAAAAGUCAUUUUAGUCUAGGUUAUAUUAUCUUAAAAGAUUUGAUAUCUAACUUGAAUAUAUAUUAACUGAAUAUAGUGUACAUAAACUUUAUUCUUUUUAGAAUUUGCAUGAACUGACUGUCUGUUUGAACAUUUUUAUCAAAUUUGACAAUUAGGUCUUUAUAAUCCAAAAAAGAAUACUGGACGAUUUCAAUCAGUUCCACUUAGAGUCAAUGAAAGUUUUGAUAAGAUGAUGGUUGAAGGUAGUCAACAGGAAACCCUGGACACGGGUUUCGUGCUACUUGGCAGUCGUCAGUAAGAGAACUGGUGCUCCCUGCGACCGACCUUUUGUAGGAUUGAGAUAUAUUCACAAUUGAUUGAUCACUGGAUGGUGAUCAAUGUCAUGUGUGUCAAGUCCUUCUUAGUACAGAUCGAAUGCUAUCGACCAUGUUGCAAUGUAGCCACUAGUCUAGAUGACUUGACAUUGUUGAGAUAAGAUGGUAACAAAGGAUCGAAUAUGUUAGAGAGCACCAGUUCCCUCAAGAUUACAGGUACACCUGGGUAACGAGUGCCAAGUAGCACAAAACCCUUGUCCAGGGUUUCUUGUUGACUACCUCCAAACACCGUCUUAUCUUAACAUAGUGUACGCAAUGUCGAAUCACCUAGACUAGUAGCCACAUUGAAACUUGGUCGAUAGCAUUUGAUCUGCACUAAAAAGGACUUGACACACAUGACAUUGAUCACCACCCAGUGAUCAAUCAAUUGUGAAACGAAGGUUCUCAAUGUACUCAUCAAACGAUUCUUUUAAAAUCGUUUCAAGAAGUGCGGCUGAACAGGGUCCAAAAGGAAUUCUUAAUAAAAAUAAUAUUACUAUAAAAAGUUCUAUCAUACAAAUUAAAAUAGCACAUAUAGGUGAACAACAUUGUUUUCAAUUAGAUCUUCAUCUCAACUCCACAUUUGUAUACGGUAAUAUUUAGACGCGUAAAUGGAACGUAUCAAACUAAUUAAGAGGAUUUUCGAAUCAGUAAUAACAAUGUAGUAGAUAUCAUGACUAUUUAAAAUAAAUAAAAAGUAAACUUACCGAAAGCCGAUAUUAAUGGUCAUCUUAUUCAAAUGUUUUUAAUUUGCUUCUUUAUCGCUCGGUCCGCUUUAGAAUACUUCUGUUCUCUCAUGAUGUUCUAAUAUGGGAGUUUGUAAAGGAAUUCCUAUCCAGUGCCUUUAUGUGACUCUGCUGUUUCUACUAAAGUAAGAAGAUGAACGUGCUUUUAAACGUUUAAACUUGGUUGAUGAAUAAGAAGAUUCUUCCGAGGGAGUUGGAAAACCCUUAUUUCAAUUUUGUACAUGGAAUCCAUGUUCAUGUUUGAAUGAAUGGUAUAUGAACAUAGUUCAGACUCAGGGAUUGUACCUAUUUACGUUACUCCACUACUUUGUAGUAAAGAUCCUUGAUUUGAAGAGGUGUCUCCCAGAACAACAACCUGCUUCGUUCAGAGUGCCUAAAUAUUUGCGCAGCCAACAAACAGGAAGAUAAAGUACACCUAUACUAACUUUAAUGAGUAACAUGUUUACAAUGGGAAUAAUUUUUUAAUGAUAUGAAUUUUAUUCUAGAACCCCGUCCCGACCAUUCACAUAUACUCUUUUCUCACCAAUUAAAAGUGUCACUUUAGCUGGUCAAUGAAAUCCCUACUAUCAUAUUCACACCGUCUCAUACGAAACUUAUCAGGCGUAUUACGAUGGCUUAGUUUAAGUAAUCACCGAGUUUUUCGGAGACCUUCAUUUUUAUGGUUCACGAUGGUAAUGGCAUGUGCGAAAGGCUAAUGAAAGAGAGUAUAUAUUAGUAAAGGUGAUCAUCGAAAGAUGGGAUAACAUUUUUAAUGGUGUGAAAUAUGUUCGAUUUACCCUUUGACCUCUCUGCCUUACGAUCAGUCAAAAAGUACUUUUCAAAACUCAUAAUAAAGAAUCUACCUUCAUCAUAUACUGUAAUUUUUCGAAUUUGGUAGCAAAUUAUCAUUUUUGUUACCUUAGUCGUGUUAUCUCUGACGUCUUUUUCGAACAGUUAUGAUACAAUCUAUAAAGUGAAGUGUAUUGUGUGUAUUGGAUUCCCAAAAGAUCAAGAGUUUGUUAAGCAACAUCAGGUGACCUAAAAUGUAGAGGUCAUAAACUUAAUCACGAUUAUGUGUUUGUAAUGAGGAUGUAAUGACAUAUAAAAUAAAUUUAUAUCUCUUACAUCGAUUGAAUGAAGUACAACAAAGUUACCGUUCUAUUUGAGUCUAUGUACAUAACGGGUACUUCAACAAUCAGUGAACCGUCAACAACGUUUUGUGAAAGACGAAAAUUCUACUAUUGAGAUCUGUCAUUCGGCAGCGCUAGCUCUCGUACCAGUCGCAAAUGUCACAGCUACGGUUGAUAAUUUAAUGAAGUUACCAUUCUACAUAGAAAAUGAAAUCGUAGAAAUAACAAACUAUUUUGAAGACACAUGGAUUGAGAGACUGACAAGACGUGGAGGAUUCAGCCAACCGGUUUUCGAGAUCGCACUAUGAAACGUCUACAAUUAUGUUGUCGAAAACUUUCCUAAAACAAACAAUGAAGGGGAGGAGUGGGAUAGAUGCUUUAACCAAUUUAUUGGUGCUGUUCAUCCAAGCAUAUGGAAAUUUAUUGAUGCUCUGAAAAAGGAACAAAGUUUGAAUGAAUUGAAAAUCGAACAGCUUGUUGAAGGGAUCCAACAACAGCACUCAAAAAGAAAGUAUACAAAGGUAGAAAAAUGUAUCAAACUGGUCGUAGCAAAUGACAAAACAGAUCGACACUCGACUGUCUACGAGAAACAGCACAUAUUUGUAAAUCUGCAAGUCUAACCAUGUUGUACGGUGUUACAAAAAUUUCCUAAUAUACGUAAAAUUUACAUCUAUAUUUAAAAUGAUGUUAGCCCCUUUUCAGAUAUUGUAUUACCAUGAUUCAGAAAUCGACGUAUUCAGCUGAUUUAUCAAUGUCUUGUAGUCUGAAGGUCAAGCGUUUAUAUCGCUCAUCUACCUUACCUACUACCCCACUAAGUUUGUCAGAGAAUAUGAAAAUGAGUACAUAAUUUCAAGGACCAAAAUAGGGUUGUGUGAAGGAUAAUUAUUCAUUCAAAGAGUACGAGGAAGAUGAAGAAUGAAUUAAACACAUAUAAGUGGUAAUAAUAAAUGACUAAAAAUUAAAAACAUUAAGAUAAAGUAUGAAUAACUAAAAAUUACGAAUUAAAGUUAUGGUAGAAUGACAGCGUGCACUUGACUCUCAGAGUCUAACUGUUGAAUUGUUACCGCCUCUUCAACAAAAUCAUCGAAAAGGUUAAUUUUAUAAUGUGUUAGGAUUUUAUAAGUUUAAGCUAACUAAUCUGAAAAGUUGGAUGGUGGCUAGCAGUGAAAUCCAGGACGCGUGUUUCGCCCUAUUUGGGACUUGCCAGCUGGAUAUACCUGCAUCCCAGAGUUGAUGUCCACUCCGGAACUCGAACUCAGGAUACACAUAUGCCAACAAUAGAUUGAUUAAUUGCAGUCCUAAACAACAAUGGGAAGAUACAAGCAAACGAUACCAACGGAUUUAAAUCUGAAUAAGUGUUUCAACAUUUUUGCCUGUCAAACGUUAAUCUGGGUCUGACUUUCAGUCUGUCAGUCAGUAACAACAGUAUCUAUUGAUUGGUUCUUACAAACUAUUAUGAAUCGUAAACCUCCAAAUUGGCCUAUUGAUUCACAAUAUAAAGAAAAAAAAGAAGUUUAGUUGCUAUGAGCAAUAAAAGAAUUAAACGAUCUAUACCAAUAUGGUCAACAUGUUUUUGUAUUGAUAUUCAUCGUUGUGGAUUAUUUAAACAAACCAAUCGAAAAUUAGCUUAUUUCAUACAAAAAGGUAAUCUUCCAGCAAUUGAACAUAUAUUAAAACGUAUAAAACAACCAUUAAAUAAUUUAACGAUAAUUGUGAAACGACAUCAAUUCAAUACAUUCUAUCCAUAUUUAAUGAAUCAUCAUCAUCAUCAUAAUCAUCAUUAUUUUUAUCAAGAAUGUUCACCAGUUCUAUGGGCUAUAGAUUGUUUACAAUGGAAUGUUUUACCAUUAUUAUCCUAUUAUGGUAUUGAUAUCAAUCGUCCACAAUUAUGUCGUCGUUGGACAGAUUGUAUAUGUAAAAAGAAUUCACGAUCAAACAAUAAUAAUAAUAAUAAUAAUAUAUUACCAUAUAGGAAAUUUUGGACACAUGGUCAUUAUACAUAUCAAUCUGCAUUAGAUUAUUUCUUUGCUAGUAUUUAUGAAUAUAUAAAUGAUAAUUAUUUAAAUGAUAUUAAUCUAUUAACAUUUUAUAAUAUACAUUUAACAAAUCUAUUAACAAAAGGUAUUGAUAUACAUCGUAUUAAUUCAGUGAUUAUAUUUAAUUUAUUAGCAAUUAGUUUUAAUCAAUAUUUAUAUCAAUCUAUCACAUCUAUAAAUAAUCAUUUAAUAUUAACAAAAAUUAAUAAUCAGUCAUUUAUUGAAUUAUUGAUUAUUAAAAAACUUAUUAAAAAUGGUUAUUCACAAUUUGAAUGUAUGGAUUAUUUAUAUUCCUAUUGUAAUUGGUUUAGUAUAUUAUUAUGUAUAUUAUGUCAUCCGAAUAUUGAUCUAUAUCGUAAUAAUAAUAAUAAUAAUAAUAAUAAUGGUGAUAAUAUUAGUAAUAAUAGUAAUAGUAAUGAUAAUAAUAAUGGUAAUAAUAGUAGUAAUGGUAAUAAUAAUAAGAUGCCAAAAUUGAUAAAACAAUCAAUAUUAUUAUUGAUUAAUUUACUUGUAUUAAAAUGUACUAUUCCAACUAUAGAAGAGUUUUCAGAAUUCAUUGAAAAUUUACCAUUAUGUAAAUUAUAUAUUAAAUAUUAUUAUUAUCAUAAUAAUAAUAAUAAUAAUAAUAAUAAUAAUAAUAAAUAUAAUGAAUUUUAUAAACGUUUAAUUCAAUUACAUCAAUUAUGUUAUCAAUUAAUGAAUAAACCAUUUAGUUUAAAAUUAAUAACAAGAAAUAAAAUAAGAAAACAAAUUGGUGGUAUUGAUUUUCAUAGAAAAAUCAAUAAUAUUGAUUUGCCAAAACAAUUAAUUACCUUUAUACAAUAUAUUAAUUAUGAACAAUUUGUAAUUAUGAAUGAUAUACCAAAACAAUUUAUUCAAUUCAUACAAAGUGAAUGGAUCGAUAUGAAUUCAACCAUAGAUUGUAAUGAUAAUCAUAAUAAUAGUAAUAAUAAUAAUAAUAAUACAUUGGAAGAAUCUAUGAAUAUAUUCAAUCAAUCGAGUGAUUUAGAACAGAUCAAUAAUAAUAAUGAUAAUAAUCGUGAUAAUGAACAACAACUACCUAUGAAUAAUAAUAGUUUACAACGUGGUAGAGCCUCAGAACGUCAACAUAUUCAUAUGUAUCAAAGAAGAAUAAAUAAACAUAAACCACCAUUAAGACCUACAUCUGCUCCAUUACUUAGAACAUUUGUUAGAUAAGAAAGAAAAAAAAGUUUUCUUCUUUUUAUUUACUUGGAAACUAUAUUUAUCUCAGGGAUUAUAACAACCACAACAACAACAACGAAAAAAAUAAAUAAUGAAAUACUGAUCCUUCAAUGAUUUUUAUUUAUUUAAUUUUCUUGUUACCUUCUCUCCCUCCCCCUUAUUUAUUUGUUUAUGAUAAAAGACAUAAAAUUAUUGUUUUGUUAAAUUAUUCAAUUGAUUAUUGAUCAAUUUAGGUGUAAAGAAUAUUCUAAUGUUACUAUAUUAUUAUUUGUUGUUGUUGUUGUUUUUAUCAUUGGUGUUGGUGGUGUUGUGUUGUUAUUUUGUCCGAAUGAUUCGUUUAUUAUUUCUAUUGAUUUUUUGAUAUUUUUAGUACCACAUCUUGAACCUAGAAUACAAUUGAUGAACAUUCCCAUUAUGCUUAGACUUUGUAAAUUAUUGAUUAGUUGAAUAUUUAUUUAUAUUGUUAAUGUGAUACAUAAAUAUUACCAUAGUCAAGGGGGGAGAGGAAGAUUGUUUUUCUUAUUACAUCAUUAUGUUUGUUUUUUGAGAAAGAAAACAUUAUUUUUAUACAGAAAUUCUUUAAUAACUUUAAGUAUAAUCUUUGACAAGAUCAAUAUGUAUGUUAAUCGUUUGUUUAUUUUAUCAACGAUCAAAUCUAAUCUUCAAAAGAUCACUUACUUACUUACUUACUUACGUCUGUUACUCCUCAUGAAGGAGCAUAGACCGCUCACUAGCAUUUUCCAUCUAACCCUAUCUUGGGCUUCAAUAAUCAAUUCAAUGAUUAUUGAUUUUAAAAUCAUUCAAUCAUUUGAUUGUUUAUUGUUUGUAUUUUGUUUUUCCUAUAAAUAUUUGUUUGUUUACUUGUUACUAUGUAUGUAUGUUUAUGUUGAUCACUUGUAAAUAUAUAAAUAUCGAUUUAGAUAUAGAAGAUUUAUAAUAAUGAAAAACAAUACAUUUUUAGAAAUUGUCUAUUAUUUAUUGAUUUUUUGUUUAUUUAUUUAUUGAUUGAUUGUUUUUAGAGGAUAAAAUUUAAAUA